UCCGCGGCGUUAAACGCACAUGUUGGGUGUGUUGUUUUGUGUGUUGUGUUGCAGCGACUUUACAGCAUUUAGUCAAAGCUCCGCGCGCGGUCACGUUACCGGCUGCUCCCUCGUCACGGCCGGCAGAGUCCCGGUUACCGGAAAACACCGACAACGCCACAUUAAUUUGCAGAAAGCGCUCGAGGCGUGGAGGGUGACACGCGUCCCGGCGUGGCAGCGAGACGGUUACCGUUCACCGGACUGAAGCGGCUGGCCGAGCGACACCAUGAGCUCCAAGGUGUGCAGGAACUGCGGCGGCUCGGACAUCGACGUGGACCAGGCCCGCGGCGACGCCGUGUGCAUGACCUGCGGCUCGGUGCUGGAGGACAACAUCAUCGUGUCCGAGGUGGAGUUCGUGGAGACGGGAGGAGGAAGCUCGUCGGCCGUCGGCCAGUUCAUCGCCACCGGAGCCGGAGGAAUCAACCCGUCUUUUGGGGACAACCACUUCUCCGGUGUGGGGAGGGAGUCCAGAGCGCAGACGCUUUCGAAAGCGAGACACAACAUCAACACUCUGGGUCACCAGCUGCAGAUGAACAAGCACUGCCUGGACACGGCCUUGAACUUCUACAAGAUGGCGCUCAUGAAGCACCUGACCCACGGACGCAAGAACGCCCACGUCGUCGCCGCGUGUCUCUACCUGGUCUGCCGCACCGAGGGAACGCCGCACAUGCUGCUGGACCUCAGUGACAUCCUGCAGGUGAACGUCUACAUGCUGGGGAGAACCUUCCUGGUCCUGUCCCGGGAGCUGUGCAUCAACGCCCCGGCUAUAGACCCGUGCCUCUACAUCCCUCGCUUCGCCCAGCUGCUUGAAUUCGGGGAGAAGAACCACGACGUGGCCAUGACGGCCAUGAGGCUGGUGCAGAGGAUGAAGAGGGACUGGAUGCACACGGGACGAAGGCCGUCGGGACUCUGCGGGGCAGCUCUUCUCGUCGCUGCUCGCAUGCACGAGUUUCGCCGAACCAUCAAGGAAAUCGUCGGCGUGGUAAAAGUGUGUGAAAGCACGCUCAGGAAAAGACUGACGGAGUUUGAGGACACGCCCACCAGUCAGCUGACCAUCGAAGAGUUCAUGAAGAUGGACCUGGACGAGGAGUGUGACCCGCCCUGCUUUACAGAAGGACUGAGGAAGAAGAAAUUCUAUAAGCUGGAGAUCGAGCUGAAGAAAAAGAUGGACGACGUCGAAGAGGAGAUUCAGGUCUACCAGGAUGAAAUAGACUCCGAGCUGGACAGCAGUCGGCCCAAACUGAGAGGAGUCUACGCCGCCUACAGCAAACAAAGUAUUCUCUCUAAAUCUCUGCCAGACGUGGCCAAAGACGACUGCGACGCUCACUCCCCGUCGUCUCUGACGGCGGACGGCGAGGACGCGGAGGACGAGGACGUGCUGCAGGCCGUGGCCAAGCACUUCGGCAAAGAGCUCCGCGAGCUCACGCUGGAGGCCCUGCUCAAACUGGAGUGCCGGAGGCCGGAGCAGCAGGAGGAAGAGGAGGAAGAGGAGGGGGACGUCCCCAAGAGGAAAGCCCCGUCGCUGCAGUCCAUCCUGGGCACGAUGCCCACGGCGGCCAGCCUCGGCCUCCACGAGUCCCUGGAGGGAUGCACCGGAGACGGGAAGGGAAACGAUGGGGAUGCUGACGGCGGGGAGCUGGACCUGAGCGGGAUAGAUGACAGUGAGAUAGAGCUGUACCUGCUGAGUGACUAUGAAGUCCAAGUGAAGACGGCGCUGUGGAUGGCAGAAAACUCCGACUACCUCAAAGAGCAGAAAGAGAAGGAAGCAAAGAUAGCGAAGGAGAAGGCGCUCGGGACCUACAAAGAGAAGAAGCCCAGAGGACCCUCGAGGAGGCACCCUCCGAUCCGAGCCAACACCGCGGACGAGGCCAUCGGGAAGAUGCUGGAGCAGAAGAAGAUCUCCACCAAGAUCAACUACGACGUCCUGAAGGACCUCAACAUCAAGCCCGCCGCCAGCCCGGCUCGUGGGGUCGAGUCCCCGAAGAAGGAGCCGUCCACCGCCAAGCUGACGGGACGCAACCGCAAACCCCUCCGGCCGGCGCUCAGCCUCAGCACGCCGCUCAGCAGCCUGGGGAAAAGGAGCCCGGAGCGGCCAAUCCAAUCCACGGUGUUUCUACAGGAGCCCGGAGCGGCCAAUCCAAUCCACGGUGUCUCUACAGGAGCCCGGAGCGGCCAAUCCAAUCCACGGUGUCUCUACAGGAGCCCGGAGAGGCCAAUCCAAUCCACGGUGUUUCUACAGAAGCCCGGAGAGGCCAAUCCAAUCCACGGUGUUUCUACAGGAGCCCGGAGCGGCCAAUCCAAUCCACGGUGUUUCUACAGAAGCCCGGAGCGGCCAAUCCAAUCCACGGUGUUUCUACAGGAGCCCGGAGCGGCCAAUCCAAUCCACGGUGUUUCUACAGGAGCCCGGAGAGGCCAAUCCAAUCCACGGUGUUUCUACAGGAGCCCGGAGCGGCCAAUCCAAUCCACGGUGUUUCUACAGAAGCCCGGAGCGGCCAAUCCAAUCCACGGUGUCUCUACAGGAGCCCGGAGCGGCCAAUCCAAUCCACGGUGUUUCUACAGGAGCCCGGAGAGGCCAAUCCAAUCCACGGUGUUUCUACAGAAGCCCGGAGAGGCCAAUCCAAUCCACGGUGUUUCUACAGAAGCCCGGAGAGGCCAAUCCAAUCCACGGUGUCUCUACAGGAGCCCGGAGCGGCCAAUCCAAUCCACGGUGUUUCUACAGAAGCCCGGAGAGGCCAAUCCAAUCCACGGUGUCUCUACAGGAGCCCGGAGCGGCCAAUCCAAUCCACGGUGUUUCUACAGGAGCCCGGAGAGGCCAAUCCAAUCCACGGUGUUUCUACAGAAGCCCGGAGAGGCCAAUCCAAUCCACGGUGUCUCUACAGGAGCCCGGAGCGGCCAAUCCAAUCCACGGUGUCUCUACAGGAGCCCGGAGCGGCCAAUCCAAUCCACGGUGUUUCUACAGGAGCCCGGAGAGGCCAAUCCAAAGCCCGAGGCCACCGUGGGGCGUCUGUGGCUCCUGAAUCCGUGUUUCAUGGAGGAGAGAUCGGAUGUGGAACUAGUUGUCAGUCCAGAGCGGCGUCGGCCUGACGCAGAUCUUUGUCCACGAAGCCAAACCAACAACAGCAACAACAACAACAACAACAAGCGGCCGGCGGCUUUGAGCCGCUCCAGUUGGCUAAUGGCUCCUGUCCAUGAAUGAAGCGUCUCUGGUUCUCAGAAUGGACGAUCGCUCUGCUGAAGGCGUUCGACCCGUUUGAAUUUUUAAACCCGUUUCCUUGUCAAUGAAUCUUUCAUUCUGCACUUUCUGUCAUUUCUGUUCUUCCUGAAUGGGGGGGGGGGGGGCACACAUCCUUUCAUCCUUUCAUCCUUUUAUCCCCAAAUCACUGAACUCUGCACUUUGAUGCACAACAAUGUUUUUAGACCUGCUGGUUUGUUUUCUACUUCCUGUAUUCAGAUGCUGUUAGGAGGAGAGGAAUGCAACGAGAGGGUGAUAAGCUCUCUCUCUCUCUCUCUCUCUCUCUCUCCUCUCCUCUCUCCAUUCCCCCCUCCCUGAAUGGUGUCUUUCAGACCGUUGCCCCUGUAAAGGUUGUUGUGCUGGUUCUUUAAAAGAGUGAGAGACCUCUGGGAGUGCAGGAGAAGGCUGCUGACAGUGUGGGCAUUGUGCCUUGUUGAGGCCUCUGAGGGGGCUACACUGAGGCAUUGUGCCUCCUCUCCACUGCAGCGUUAGCUCUGCUAGAUGUUUAACUUAAACCUUUAGUAUCUAUGUCUCCCCUGAAGACCUUCCUCAGUAACACGUGGAACAUCAAACGUUCUCUGGAGUUUAGUUCUCACCAAGAUUAUUUCUAUAAAAGAAAGAAAAGUCACGACUGUUGAAACAAUGCUUCAUUGUGACCUUUGUUUACUUUAACAUGAUGAUGAUGAAGAAGAAGAUGGUGACAACGAUGAAACUCGUUGGUGAAGACAAGUCUUCUAUCUUUCGGUGACGAUCUGCUUCACCUGAAAAAGCAAUUCCUAACCCUCCAUUUACCUCCCUCCAUCUUUCCUUCUCCUCCAUCACUCCUUCUCCUCCAUCUUUCCUUCUCCUCUUGCUUUCUGGUUCUUUCUCCAUUUCCUCACUUUACUUUCCAUCUUCUUUCAGCCUCCGAUCCAAAUUUGUCCACGUCUUGUUUGCUCUUUUUGUUUUGUUGUUCCUCCUUCUUCACCUCCUUCUUCGUCCUCUAUUCUCUCGCCUCCUCUUUCCUCAUCCUCGCGUCUCCCUCGGUUAAAAACCUCAGACGACGCCGAGCAGGAGAAACGAGGAAGAAAAGAACGAAUCGGAGUCUUUAACGUUGACUUCAAAAGGAGACACAGGUGCAUUCUGGGAGUUUGUUGCACGGACGCGGAGCACGACGACCGAAGACUGCUUCUCCAGGUUUUAGGUUUUGACCAAUCGGGUCGACGCAUCGCCCAGGUCAAAGGUCACGUGACCUCGCAGCCGAACGCAUCGAGAGGAACUGAAACGGCAGCAAAAACAAAUCUCUGGACACCUCAACAAUAACAACAACAACGACUUGUUGGCGUCUCGUAAGUCUUCAAACUCGGAGGGUCAGAGGUCACCCGGCUCAAACCAACGGGCGAAGACGCGUCGCCGCUUCACGCAUUUUGUAUUUUCUUACUCGCAGCUCUCAUCCCACCUCCACCCAUCCCUCCUCUUCCUCCCCUCGUCUUCAUCUUCCACUCCUACUGA